GGCAAACAGCGGCUCUAGUGGCUCCUCUGCUAAACUUUGUUGCCACGUAUUUAGCAUUCCAGCUUUAGCCAAGGCGUGUGUGGAAUAGCACAGGUAUUUAGGCACAACGUUUAGUGCUCUUUGUAUGUUUUUUCAUUAUGUUACUUUUGUGUGUGUCUGUCUUGUUGCCCUCGUUAUUUCCGUUAGUUUCAGGGGGCAAAUUGCCUGAGCCAGAAGUUAAUAUAGAAGUUUUGCACAAACCGUUCAUGUGUUACCGUAAGUCCAAGUAUGGGGACAUGCUUUUAGUCCAUUAUGAGGGAUAUUUGGAAAGUAACGGGACGAUGUUUCACUCCAGUCGCACCCAAGGCGAUAAAAACCCAGUAUGGUUCACUCUUGGCAUCAGAGAAGUGAUCAAAGGCUGGGAUAAAGGACUGCGGGAUAUGUGCACAGGAGAGCGCAGGAAGCUCACUGUCCCUCCUGCACUGGCUUACGGAAAAGAAGGCAAGGGUAAAAUUCCUCCAAGUAGUACUUUAAUUUUUGACAUUGAGCUUAUGGAGAUUAGAAAUGGCCCCAGAUCUCAUGAGUCUUUUCAGCUGAUGGAUCUCAACAAUGACUGGAAGCUCUGCAGAAAAGAGGUAAAAGAGUAUUUGAAGAAAGAGUUUGAGAAACAUGGAUACUCACCUAAUGACACAGAACAUGACUCUAUGGUGGAGGACAUCUUCAAAAAUGAGGACGAAGAUAAAGAUGGCUUCAUAUCUGCACGGGAGUUCACAUAUCAGCACGAUGAGCUAUAACUAAAAUGUUCACCACCAAUAGUAUUUUGUUUACAUUUGUAUCAUAUUAAUUUCAGGAUGUGAAAUUUUAUGACGUGUUAGGUGUGUUUGAAAUGUGUUUUAAUAAUUUAUUCUGUAUCUUUAUUUUGAUAUUUUCACAUGUUCAUUGAACA